AAUUUUAUACGACAAACCAUCUAUUUUUCAUUGUAUAAUUUCUUUGUGUGUAUGAAAAUUACGAAUUAUAUCUAACAUAAAUAGUAGACUAUCCGUUUAAACCAAUUAAAGCAGUAUAACCAGUUAACUGUCAUUUUACGCAUGCUAAAUAAAAUUCAAUUUUAAAACAAAAAAAUCUCCAUCUUUUAAUAACUGUGCUCUUUUUCGUGUGUUUCUUCAGUUAGCGAUUGCGUUUACUCGCAUUGUUGUUUGAAAAAUAAAAUAAAAAAGGUGGAUUAGGUUGAAUAUGAAUUUCAAGUGUUUCUUGGUGAUAGCAAUUUGUAUAACCAUUACAAAUGGUUAUAAAAUUUUGUUCCUGGCUCCAUUUGUUUGGAAAAGUCACUUUCUUUUCAUGUCAGAAUUUGUGAAAACUCUGGUAGAUCGGCAGCAUGAAGUUACAUAUUUGACUAGUAACUCAUUAAAACAUUUAAAUUUACCCAAUUAUACUGAAGUAUUGAUCGAACCACCAUUCGAUAUGGAAUCAAUUGGAAGUCAAGAAAAGUGGUUAGAGAUGGCUGGUAGUUCGACAUUUAUGCGAAUUAAUUCCUUUAACUUUCUCUCAAAAUCAUGGACCACGCAUGCUUUCUCGAAUUUAAACGUACAAAAGUUAAUUCACAGCACUGGUUUGCACUUUGAUUUGAUAAUCAAUGAAGAAUGGUGGGCAGAUAGCUUUUUGAUGUUUGCACAUAAAUUUAAAGCGCCCAUCAUUACAAUUUGUCCGGUUGGGAUUCCAGAUUUCAUCGAUCGGCAACAAGGAUUAUUCACUCCAUUGAGUAUUGUUCCGCAUUGGGCGCUACCAUUUUCAGAUAAUAUGUCAUUUUAUGAAAGAUGGUUCAAUGCCAUUCUCAGCACGUAUGAUUGGGCAGUGCGAGAAUUUUCAUAUCUUCCAACAGCAGAAGAGCACACAAGAAAGUACUUCGCUCAUUUGGCACCUUUGCCAUCGUUGAAUGACAUCUUACGUAAUGUGUCCAUGGUUUUGGUCAACACACAUCGAGCUCUUUCACCUCCCCGACCAUCAAUGCCAAAUGUGGUCAACAUUGGUGGUGCUCACAUAAAACCAAGCAAACUAUUACCAGAAGACAUCCAAAAGUUCAUAGACGAAGCAAAACAUGGUGUUAUUUAUUUCAGCAUUGGAUCAAUUUUGCAAAGUUCAAGAUUGCCAGAGGAAAAAUUGCAAGCAUUUCUUGAGACAUUCCGAAAAUUAAAACAACGUGUAUUGUGGAAAUUCGAAAAGGAAUCGCUCAUCAAUGUUCCGUCAAAUGUGCUAAUUCGCAACUGGUUUCCUCAGAACGACAUUUUGUCUCAUUCAAAUGUGAUUUUGUACAUAACGCACGGCGGUUUGUUUGGCACAUCCGAAUCAUUGUAUCACGGCGUACCAUUGCUAUUUAUUCCAUUUUCAUUGUAUCAAUUCAUGAAUGCCAACAGAAUCAAGACCGAAGGCUAUGGACAAGUUUUGCUUUUCAACGAUAUAACUAAAGAAUCAUUUUCGAAGGCAGUCAAUGAAAUCCUUUCCGAUAUGUCUUAUUUAAGUAAAGCCAAAGAAACAUCAGCUAUCUUCAAAGAUAACUUGGUCCAUCCAAUGGAUGAGGCUAUGUUUUGGAUCGAACAUGUCUGCAAGUUCAAAGGUGCCAAGCAUCUUAAAUCACAUGCGGUUAACAUGACGUGGUUUUCAUAUUUACUCUUCGAUGUUCUUUUUAUUAAUGCGAUUAUUUUAUUCACAGUCAUCGCUGUUGUUUAUGUUUUGGUUAAAAGUCUGUGUUCAAAGCAAAAGAACAGGCAAGAAUCAGGAAAGAAACAAAAAUGAUUUUGACUCUUAACCGCAGCGUUUCAGUUUAACAAUUGAGUGUAUGUUCUGAAAAUAAAAAAUCCAAUAAAAGACUAUCACAUA